UAAAAAGGCGCUUGCUUCGUUGUUUGUGCUACACGCGAAUGAGAUAACGAUAUGAAGGCUCCAGAAGGUUUUCGUCUACCAAAUCCCAUAGAUUUCGAGUCUCACCCUCCACCAGAGUUACCAAAAUAUCUGAAGCACCAAGUUUAUGAUAAACCUGAGGUCUUUGCGAAAGUAGACAAUCAUGCGAUUCAGGUUGCGGGAUACCAGCAUCCAACGUUUAGGGACCUGAUGUGGGAUUUACUAUAUCGAUACAAAUUAGAUGAACUAGAAAGAGCUCGUGUAAUAUUUCGCUGGAUGACUGCGAAGGACAUGCAGAAUAUCCACUUUGAAAAUGUUCCCCCUAAUUCUCCAGAAGAUGUUCUCAUGUCAUUCAGCACUAACCGUGGCACGUUUUCCAGGAUGUACGAAGUAAUGUGCAGUUAUUCCGAAAUUCACUGUGUCACGGUUAGUGGAUAUGCCAAAGGUGUUGAUUACCUUCCCGGUGACAAAUUUUCUGGUCUUCCCCCUAAUCAUUCAUGGAAUGUUAUAUAUAUUCGGGGAUCCUGGCAGCUUGUUGAUGUUCAUUGGGCGGCUCGAUACCUUAGUUCUGGAAAAAAUGUUCCUGAAAAUGUUGUCUAUGAAUAUGAUGACUUUUACUUUAUGAUGGAGCCCCAACAGGCUGUUUACAGCCAUUUUCCAGAAGAUCAGAGAUGGCAGUUGUUGCCUGCUCCACUCACACUUUCCCAAUUCGAAAAUUUACCACUUACGAAGUCUCAAUUUUUCAAAUGUGCAAUCGAUUUCUUACAACAACAUCACGGUGUUGUUCGAACUCAGGAUGGUUGUCUCAGAAUGACACUAGGUUUUUGGCGUCCUGGUGGUUUCACUUAUAAAUUACAGUAUUUGGUAACCAGCUACAAUAAUCCCGACCCUGAUUCACUUACUGCGUAUCCAAGUGAACUAACGGAUCGAGUUCCGAAUCUGAAUGUUGAUUUGAAGUGUUUUGUUUUACAAGAAACAACGAAAGACCAUUUAAAUUUUUUCUUUCGACUUCCGGCUUCUGGAAUUUACUACCUCACCAUAUAUGCUCAGGAACUGUCGAGUUUAACUGUUGGUCGCGAAAGUACCUUCCGAGCCGCUUGCGAAUAUAAAAUAAUUUGUGACUCACCAGCUCGAGAUGCUCAACCCUACCCAAUUUGUCAUGAUGUUAAUUGGGGACCAGCUUGGUCUCAUGUGAAUCAUUAUGCUCUUGAACCGAGUCAUACAGAGGGUGUGAUCAGUAUACCUAGCGAACUAGAUUCCUCAAUUAAUUCCAACGGACAUCAUGCACCAUUACCAAAAACGGUUGAUAUACGGUUUCAAAAAAAUCGACCUGAGGUUAAUUUACUAGCAAAACUUCAUCGAAAUGGAGUGGCAGAUGACUUUCUUGAUCAGUAUCAACGUGUCACAGAGACAGUACGUGAAACCUUAUUUCAUGUUACCCUGCCUGAACCUGGUGAAUAUGGACUUGAAGUAUAUGCAAAUGAACCAGCUGAAGGUGAUACUUAUACACAUAUGUGUCAAUAUUUAAUACAUUAUGAAUGUCCACCAAGCUGGAAUAGUUGUAUUCCAAGAUUAACAGUUGCCGGUGCAGAUGCUGGUCCAUCUCCAGAUGCUCAUCAAUUUUGGCAUUCGAAUGCUACUAAUAAUAAUACACGUAAUGGAACUUUACCAAAAUAUUUACCUACAACAUUGAAUGAACCAUCCUUGAAUAGUACUAGUUCAUUGAGAGAAAUGUAUAAUUAUGAAUUAGAUGCACCACCAAUUGGACAUUUGCCUAAAUUAUAUGCACAUUCACAAUAUGAAAAUGCAAAUCAGACAAGUUUGAAUCGUUCAAAUAAUUAUUCAACAAAUAAUAACGAUAAUGUAUGUAAACCACCAUUUGGAUAUGUACCAUCGAAAAGUAAUCAUCUUACAAGCAAUGAUCAAGAUCAUAAAUAUCAUGCUACUACAGCUUCACCGCCAAUCGUACCAAAUUCCAAUGAUCGAAUAUCAAAUUUAAAUCAAAAUUUUGCCAAUAUCAAAAUUAAACAAUCGAAUGAAAAGGCUUCAUCAUUAAAGCAUUCUCCUCGUAUUGAUGGUACUUCGGAUGGAUUAUAUGGUUACAAUCCAAUUGCUUCAGACUCACCAACAACUAAUUCUUUGAAUAGUAUUAAUAAUAAUAAUCAAAAUCAAACUACCUAUUCACCACCUCCUCCAUCAUCGAUUAUUGGACAAAAUCAUGUUGGCAAUGGGAUACCAAAAAAAUAUACCACUAGUACUAGUCCACCAAUAAAAUAUCAGAAUUCUGUUCGUUUUGAACCUGGAUCAUCGAGUUAUGCUGGCAGUAAUGAAAGUAAUAAUACAAAUAUAUGCUAUGUUUCACCACCGGGUUCAUCAAAUUCCAGUAGUUUACCUUAUUAUAACAAACAACAAUAUGAUCAAGUCACAUCGACAACUGGUACUGUUGUUGGUCGAGCAAAUCAUCAAUCAGUUCCAUCAGCUAAUCAAUUUUACAAACCUGAUCAAAGUACAGCUAAUUGGAGUACUGGACCGAUACAACGUGUUCCUCCGAAAGAAUUUGCUCCAAGUCCAUUAUCAAUGGAUACAUUGGAAGAGAAACCAAGACCACAAGAAAUACCAACUACCACUGAUAUGUCAUCUGCUCCUUAUCAAUCAUUUGAAGUAUUUCGACGAAUUGAUGAACACGCUGUCUCUAUAUCCCAACAACAACAAGAUAAUUUUAAUCAAUUAAUUUGGCAAUUAAUCUAUGCACGUAAUAUUACUGAUGAAUUAGAAAAAGUUCGUGUUAUCUUCUUAUGGUUAUGUACAAAAGAUUUGCAUAAAAUGAAUUUCGAUUAUGUCAAACCAGAUAGUCCAGAAGAAAUUCUAAUGGGUAUACGUACUGGGAAAUCAACAUAUGCACAAAUUUUUUAUACAUUAUGCCGUUAUGCUGGUUUACAUUGCCGACUAUUAAUUGGUUAUGCUAAAGGUGCUGAAUAUGCUCCAGGUAUGCAUUUUUCCGGUCGUCAAGGUCAACAUUCAUGGAAUGCUGUGCUUAUUGAUAAAGUAUGGCGUUUAAUUGAUUGUCACUGGGCUGCACGUCGUUUAAUUGGUAAACGUCCUAGUCCAGACAAUGUACGCUACGGAUUAGAUAUGUUUUAUUUCUUAGCUAAUCCCAGUCAAUUGAUUUAUACUCAUUUCCCACAUGAUCCCGAUUGGCAGUUAUUACGUCAUCCAAUCUCACUAAAAGAAUUUGAAAAUUUAGCUCCAGUCAAAUCUGCAUUUUUCAAAUACAAUUUAGAUUUAGUUACGCAUCGUAAUGCUGUGAUUGUAUGCUCUGAUCCAGAAAUUCGUAUUGUCAUAGCUUUUCCACCAGGUGCUGAAAAUUAUUUAUCCUUUACAUUUGGAUUAUCAUUUGAUAAUCAAGAAGGAAGUGAAGAAUAUCGUGGAAUUCCUUUAACUCGGUUCGGUAGACAAGAAACAAUGAUACGUGAGCACACGUCUGUUUUCUAUAUUCGACCACCAAGACCUGGAGCGUAUAAAUUACUUAUCUAUGCCAAACAACAACAUCAACCACAUCAAAAUGGACAAAAAGAAGGUCUUGGCGUAGUCAGUAUGAUUUCUGAUGAUUUAAGUGCUGAAAAAUUAUUUGGUGCCGUAUGUGAAUAUCGAUUAGUUACAAAUUUUAGUUCAAAUUGUUCAUUGCCGCCGUUCCCACCAUGUCAAUCGUCAAGUUACGGACCGAAUGAGUUAGCUAAAAAUUAUCGAAUAACAGCUCAACGUGUUGAUUGUACACUACGUGCUGUACGUGGUAGUUUGGAAAUACGUUUUGGUUUAGGCGCAUUACCAGGUUGUCCAGCACCACGUUUAAUGGCUAAACUCAAGUGUACAUUGGUUGCUGAAAAUGCUCUUUCAAAAAGUUUACUACAACGUAAUGUCAACGGGAAUACAGAAGCUGUAUUUGCUAUUUUCUUACCGGAAGCUGGAGAAUACGGUCUAGAAGUGUAUGCUAAUGAUCCUGUGAAAGAUGGCAAUUCUUUCUUUGUGGUAUGGCAAUAUAUUAUUAUAUCCGAUUGUGAUUCACCAGUUCGUGGUCUACCAACUAUUCCACCAACUUAUUUAGGUCCAGUUUCACGUUUUGAUUCAAUGGGUUUAAAAGCGCUAAGUCAUACAGAUCCAUUUAUUCAAGCGAAUACAGGUGAAUUAUGUUUACAAUUUACUCGACAUCCUGAUAAACCUUUACGAAUUAUGGCACAAUUGAUACAUUGUAGUCAUGAUGUAUCGGAAGAUUGUUCACAACAAAUUCUUCAACAAACACGUGACUUUCAAAUCUAUUUUAUUGUACGUUUCCCUCAUCCAGGCUUUUUCAAAUUUCAAAUCUAUGCUCUUCCUUAUACAGAGCCAGGUGAAUCACUUCCUAGUGUUUAUAAUUAUCUCUUGGAAGCAACUCAGGUUAAUCGUGGAAGAAAUGGUCAAGUCAUGUGUUUCCCACAACAAUUUGCCCAAUGGAAGGAAGGCUGUUAUCUUCAUACACCAAUGGAUGGUAUAUUAUAUCCUAGUGGAUCAAAUCAACCAACUGCUGAUACUGUACCAUUUCGUGUCACUAUACCAACUGCACAUGCAGUUGCUGUUGUUGUCGGUGAAGAUUGGACACAUUUAAGUAAAGUUAAUGAUUGUUGGAUUGGUCAAGUUUGUUUAAAAUCUUAUUGGGGCAUAGAAAAUCAAUUAGCUUUAUGUGCUAAAUAUGAUGUUGAUGAUGGCAACUAUGGUACUUUACUAGAAUAUCGAUUAGCUAAACGAUAGAUAGAGCGGAUAAACGAUAAAAUAAUUAGAUUUUUACCAAACAAAUAUAUAUAUAUAUAUAUAUAUAUAUAUAUAACACGGUGUACAACUCAUUUUAUAUUCCUUGUUGUAACCACUCAACCGUUCUUGAUCGACCUGAUUCAAAGUUCAUUUCUGUUUUAUUCAUGUGGGUUUGUACGUUAUUAUGUGAAACUGAUUGAUUGAUUCAUCGCUCCUGCGCAUCCCCAAAACUUUGUUCGUUCAGGAAAAUCACCUGAUCAUAUCUAUCGAAGAUUUAUUAAUUUAUUAUUAGAUCGAAAUGAACUUUGGAUAUAUUGAUUUGUAUGUGUGUGUGUAAUGUAAGUGUAUUCUUAUCCUAUAUUCUAUUUACUUGAAAGUUACACACACACACACUCACCUAUUACAGUGCUACUUAUUUACUCUCACUAUUAUCCUCCUCCUAUUCUAUUCAGCAAUAAACUUACAUACAUACCCAACACACAAACAUGUACACCUGUAUUUUAUUUUUUUUUGAUCUUCAAUUUUAUCUUAUCAUUUGUUCUAGUUGUAGUUAUUGUCAUUUUUUAUUUUGAAUGAAGAAAUAUAUUGUGCCUUAUUUAAC